AUGUCUGCCGCGCUCACAUCCGACGCAUCCGACGUUGGCACGGCUCCCGGGGCCACCGUCGUCGCCGCCCCGGAGAGACCGCCGCCGGCGCUGCGGCUCAACGUCGUGAUCCUCUUCAUGGGCUCCCGCGGCGACCUGCAGCCCUCCGUCGCGAUCGCGAAACGCCUGCAGGAACGGCACGGCCACCGGGUCCGGAUCGCCUCGCACCCGCCGUACCGCGCCGCCGUGGAGGCCGCGGGGGUCGACUUCUACGCCGUCGGCCGCGGCUGCGACGUCAGGGCGAUGAUGCGGCGCAGGCUGCUGCCGCGGGGGGAGCUGCGGGCGCAGGUGCCGGCGAUACGGGAGGAGUUCAGGGAGAUGGGGACGCGGUGGUGGGGGGCCUGCGUCGGGGAGGGGUAUGAGGAAGAAGAAGAUGAUGACGAAAGGGGGGGCAGGAAAGAGGAGGACGGGUUCGUGGCUGAUCUUGUGGUUUCGUCGAUGAUUGUUUUUAAUCAGACGUCCGCGGCGGCGAGGUUGGGCGUGCCGUUGCACUUGUUCGGGAUGAAUCCGAGGAUUUACUCGAGGGAUUUGCCGCAUAGUCAGGCGGGAUGGGCUGUUGGGGGCGGGAGGGUGAGGAGGGAUCUUAGUUGGUGGGUGCAGGAUUUCAUGUUCCUACACACCAUCAAGUCCGUCUUCAACGACGUCCGCUUCGCCAUGGGCCUGGAGCCGAUGUCACCGGCAUGGUGGCUCAGCCAGUACAACCGCCUCGACGUGCCCUGCACGUACCUCUGGUCGCCGCUGCUUCUCCCGAAACCUCGAGACUGGGCCGACAACAUCCGCGUCUCGGGCUUCGUCUUCGACGACGUGCCCGAGUCGUACGCGCCCCCCGAGGCCCUCGUCUCGUUCCUCGAGGCCGGGGACGCGCCGCCCGUGUACAUCGGGUUCGGGAGCAUGACCUUCGUCGACGCGCAGGAGGUCUUUCGGAAGAUCUUUGAGGUGUUAAGGGAGAUGGGGGUGAGGGCUGUGGUGUGUAAGGGCUGGAGCGAUUUCGCGUGGGAAGAGGUCGGUGAGAAGGGGGUUCAGGGGGCGGACGGGCUGGAGAACGUGUUGGUGAUUGACGAGGCGCCGCACGCGUGGUUGUUCCCCAGGUGCAGAGCUGUGGUGUGUCACGGGGGCAGCGGGACGACGGCCAUGGCUUUGAGGAGCGGGCGGCCUACGCUGGUCAUUCCUGUGGCCGGCGACCAGCCGUUCUGGGGCUCGAGGGUGGCUGCGGUUGGGUGCGGGCCGGCGCCCGGGUUCGGGAUCGCGGAGUUGACGGUCGACAAGUUCAGGGAGAGCCUGGGGGAGCUGUUGAAGCCUGAGUAUGCGCGGGCUGCGGAGAAGUUCGCUGACGAAGUCGGGAGGGAGAGGCCCGGGGAGGAUGUUUGCGUUGAGGACUUGUUGGAGACUGUGAGCGUUUACAAGAGCUGGCGGUGUGAGGUCUUUCCUGCGAGGCCGGCGGUCUGGAGUGUGGAUGGGAGGAAGCUGAGUGCUCUGGCGGCGGAGGUUUUGGUGAAGGAGGGAAGGGUGAGGAGGGAGCAGCUGAGGGCGGCGGAUGUGAUGAAGUGGCCUGACUUGGUCAGUCCUGGAGAUCCUAUCACAGGGCUGUUCUUUGGGGUCAACAGGGUCAUCAACGGCCUGAAGGAGAAGGCGGUGCUUGACGUGUUGCUCCAUAUCAUUACAGCACCGUUGACUAUUCUCGCGAGCGUCACGUUCGGGAUGUUUAAUCUCGUGGAGUUUCUGCUCUACAAGCUCGCUUCCCCUUUCAAGCCGAGGAUGUUCGCGAGUAACCCGAGGGUCUACAGCUACGGCCAGAUGCUGUCGUUCUUGGUCUCCACGCCGCUGGUUGAGUUGGGUAGUCUGGCUACACAGCCCGGGGCUCUGAAGAAGAAGGGGAGAAGCACCGGAAGGGUUGUUGCUGAAGUCCCGCUCGCGAUUGUCAGGACGUUGAUCGCCUUGAUCAACGUCUUGAUUGGGUUCGUCGGUAUCAGUCUGAGGCAGGCCGAUUUGGCCUGCGCCAAGGCCAUGGGCGAGAGACCGAGGAGGGACGUCGUGGCCGAGGCGAGGUUCAGGCAGGGGAGGAUCGAGGCCGAGAGGUUCGCGGUUGAGAGGGCCGAGGAGGGGGACACCGGCUCCUCGGAAAUUUCUCCUUUCGAAGCGACCGCCGCAAUCGCAAAAGACACCGGGAAACGGCCCUCCAGUCUCAGCGAGCAGCCAGCGUUUUUCGGCGACCCCGCGCUUUGCCUUACCUUCGUCAACGCAACGGCCUUCGACACAGCGACCACCCUCUACACCUCGUUUUCCCGUUCGCCUCCGGAAGCGCCCCCGACUGCGACGCGAUACGGACGGUCGACUUUGGGUGGCACGCAAAGGGUGAAAGAGAGGAUCGAGAUCGAGUCUGACGACGAGAGCGAUUUGCAAGACGGGGCAAAAGUCGCGCCGCAACUCACAGGCUUCUCAGUGAACGACUCGAUUGAGGCUGAGUCGGUGACGUCCAGCCAGGUCCAUAGCGAUAUCGACGAGAGGACGCCAAAGAGGAGGCGCAUUUCGGUUUCAUCUGCGCUUAGUUGGCAGGAUGACAAUCGGGAUGAUCUUUCAGGUGCCUUUCACGAAGAACCUCCCGUUUAUGACGAAGACGCGGAGGAGGAGGAUGAAGUAAUACCGGAUGUGAGGGAGGAAUUCUCGCCCGACGUCGAAGACAUGUCGAUGGACGAAGACCCCGGCCUACCCGAUCCCAACCCAGGAGAACCAGCCAAAACGCAGCCGAAAUUUCACCAAGCCCCGCGCUUCAAGAUCCAAGAAGCACAAAACCCGCGCCAAGAAGGGUUGCCGGAGGCCUUCUCGCCGCAGCGCCGUGGACCCAAGUACAUCGCCGGCGGGCUUGCCGCGGAGCUACAGUCUUGGCUGGCGGAGGUCAAGGGGUGGGGAGGCGGCGACCGACCUCCAGAUCUGGUUAUGAAUAUUGUUAUCGACGAAGUUAGCCCCGGGAAUCGGAUGUAUCUCGUAAAGGGCCGAAGGAUUGUUGAAGACGAGGAUACGACAGAAGAGAUCUCGGCUAGACUGAUGCUGGCUGGAGAAGGGAGGCUCACAGGGCUAGGACAGAAGGCGCCGGUGGUUUUGGGGAGUAGCGUUGCGAUAUCCCAGCCUGCAUGGGAGGUCAAGCUUGAGGGGACGAACUGGAUUGUUGCCUGCGACUGGGCUAUUUUGUAA